UAUUACUUCGUGAUAAAGUAAACACGGCUAGCAGCUGUGGCCCUGAUAUUCGUAUUUCGUGGUCUUGUCUUUUGAGGUUAACUCGAAGUUCGAAAACAACUCGUCCUCACUCAUCGCGUCGUCUUGACUCUUGACGGGUCUUGCAAUUUACAUUGAACACUUCGCGACGAAGCGUUCGUGUGUUUAGGUUUUUUUGAUUUUAAGACUUCGUUCCACAGAAGCGGUGAUACACAAUGGCUUUGCCAAAACAAAGGAAACAGUCCAAACGUUUGAAGUGCAGGACCAAGUACAAGGUUGCCAAGAAAGUACGAGAGCACAAUCGAAAACUCAAAAGAGUCGCAAAGAAAAAUCCGAAAAAAAAGACCAAAAAUAGUAUGAUUAUUGCUCCAAACAUGUGUCCAUUCAAAGAAGAAAUCAUUGAGCAACUUAAUGAAGCUAAAAGAAAAGAGCGAGAGAUACGUUUGUCAAAUUUCAAUUCAAUGGAAACACAAUCUGAAGAAGAAACUAAAAAGAGUACAGAAUCAAAAUUGCCUUUUAAACAAAAAUGGCUUUUUAAAGAAACUAGAGCAGACCGAUAUAUUGAACACAAUUAUAAAAAUAUUAUUUCAAUGUGUGAUGUAGUUCUAGAAGUUUUGGAUAUUCGUGAUCCAUUAGCUACUCGUUCUAAGGAAAUAGAUGAUUAUUUAACAGCCAAUCCAGAUAAAAAACGUAUUAUUUUGUUAAAUAAAAUCGAUUUAGUGCCUAAAACAAUAGUAACUGAUUGGGUAGAAUAUUUUAACAAGAUAGCACCAACAGUGCCUUUCAGAGCUAGUCGAGAAGUACGAAAUACACCAAAAACUAGUGCAAAAGAUCCAAAUUUUAUAGCAAGAAUAAAAAAAAAAGUAGCCAAUAGAUGUUUCGGUGAAUCUGUUGUAUUGAACUAUUUACAGACUUGUAUAGAUGCACCAAUCUUAGGUAUAACAGUUGGUGUUGUUGGUAUGCCCAAGGUGGGAAAAUCUUGUGUUGUAGAUACCAUUAAAAUGGAAAUAUACGAUUGGUGAUGAACCUGUUCCAUCAAAAAAGAAUCAAUCAGUAGGCGUAUUUCCUUUCAAUAAUAUGAAAAUUGAAUUAUUGCCAUGGAAAUGUACUGGAGCUAGUACUAUAUUGGAGAAACCCAGUGAUAGUCGUUUAUUAUUAAGACAGGCAUUACAAGUAAACCUUCAAAAUGUAGUCCCAACCAAGAUAUGUGCUUUGAUAUUACCUUACAUUAAAAAAAAUCAGUUAAAGUUAUUGUAUGAUAUGACUGUAGAAAAUACUGAAGAUUAUACACACAUACUUGAAAUGAAAGCAAAGCGACAUAGCUUAAUAAAUAGA